UACAAACAGCAGCACCGUGCAAAUGUUUGCUGCGAGAAGCUACAAAUACAGUUUUACAACUUUCUUGAGAAUUACUAUUCAUUUUGUUUUUGUGCAACUGAUUUUUCUUCACAAGGAAUAUUUAGAGCUAACGUUUAUCAUAGUGAGAUUACUUUUCACUGAAAUUAGCUAAUUUAUUUGUCCCAUCAUCCCUUCAGUUAGCCACUACUACUAGCUAAACUAGCAACCGUAGCCUGCAUAGGAAACAAAAUUGAAUGCUGAAUCUGAGUGAGUUGGUGGAUUAGCAAAUUAAUGAAAUGGCAUAUCCAAUACAUAAUCCUGAUAUUUUUCGCUGGAGGAGAUUCACCAAAAGUAAUAUACCUGCUUCAGGAAAGGUGCAGUUGAGUAAUGGUGAUAUAGACCAUUGGAUGAAGAGAGUGGAAAUAGCCUCGGAGUUUGCUGUGUCAGAGGUUUUCUCCCUCAAGAAAGCGCCCUCAGGAAUAAGCAGCCAAGCGACUGCACUAGCCAGCACAGACCAGCUGCAGGACCACGAUGAAGCGUACACCGAAGCCCAGGCUCUGCUGAGUGACUGGAUGAACAGGAAGUUGUGUCUGGAGAUGGAGGGGGAGGAUGACCAUGUCGGUCCUGGUGAGAGAAGCAGUCCUCCAGCUGUCCUCCUUGUUCAACCUGCUCAUCUGGACUACAGCAAUUUCGACGAUUUAUACUCCCAUCUGGCUGAGGAGGAAGAGAGCUGUGCAGUCAACAACUUCCUUCAGGACCUCAUGGAGCUUGAAGUGUUGGAUUCUGGGACAGUGGAGGACCUGUCGCUGGACUCGGAGCGAGAGAAGAAUAGGACCAGAGACCCCUCCAUCACCAUGGAGGCUCGACACAGGCAGGUGCGUGAGAACCGCGCUCAGCGAGACGCGCUGAAGGAGAGGCAGAGGAGAGAGAAGGAGCUGAGGAGGCAGGCCAGAGAGGAGGCUCAGAGGAGGGACAAGGAAGAGGAGUGCAGGAGGAGGCAGGAGGCCCGGCGGCAGGAGGAGAUGGUGGAGCAGGAGAUGGUGCGACUACGUCGGCAGAUGGAGCAGAGAAGGAGCCUGGAAAAGCUGGCCGGACAGAGGGAGAGGGUGAGACUGGACAGAAGGAGGGCAGAGCCGACGCCCCUGGUGCUACAGUCCUGGUGUGGUCUCCCUGCAGCCCCGCAGCAACAGGACAGAGAGAGACUGCAUGAACAGGCACAGGCCAGGGUCCAGAUACUAAACCUGAAGUGUUUGCAGAUGCACUUUUCUGGGUGGUACUCUGUACUUCUGGAGCGGAGGGUCCGCAUGGGGAAGGCUGCGGCGCUCUGUGAUUGGAGAAGACAGCUCAGGACAUGGCGGGCCUGGCGGGCGCUGGUGUGGGCGGGGCGGGAACAUCGGGAGGCGGAGAAAACUCAGGAGGAGCUACGAACUGAAAACAGAAACUUCCAGAUGGCGAGGGAGAGCGAUCGCAGGCGGUUGCUAAGGCGAUGCCUGGAUGAUUGGCGGCUGUGGUGUCGUGCGGAAGGAGAACGCAGGGAGCUGCUAGCCCAGCAGGAGGAGACUCGAAGCAAGAUGGCCGCCCUGAUCAGCGCGGCGGCAACGGGGAAACUCUCCAUGGUUCCUGCAGCCUGUGAGCCAAUCACUGUCAGGCCUGAGCCAUCUGUGCAAUCAGAGGCCUCCCAAGAGAAAGGUCAACAGGGGUCACCGACAGUAGCCCCCGCCCCCUCUCCUGGUCGUCAGGGCGAUGUCCCCCCCCCCACCCUGGCCUGGCAGGUGACGCGUCGCCACGCGGAGCUGACCCCCCGGGAGCUCCGCCGUACGCAGCAGAGGGGGAAGGAGGGCGCGGCCAGCGCCCCCCGGAGUCGGAGCGCGGAACUGCGCGGCGGCGGGUUCCACCAUCGCCACGCCAACCAGCAGCACACCAUCCAGGAGCAGAGGAGGCUGCUGCGGGAGCAGGAGGAGCAGAUCGCCAGGCUGCAGGAGGAGAAGAGCAUGCUGGGACUGAAGCAGGAGCUCCAGAGAGCCGCGCUGACGCUCCCAGUGUCUAAAGGCCCGCCCUCUGAUCCCGAGGAGCCGAGAGCUUGCGGCAUCUCGAGGGACCACGCCGGCCUCUGCUUGCCCCGCCGGAAACCACCUGUCCGUCAUCCCGGCCCACAUCUCGCCGUCAUGGCGAUGGAAGAGCGGGCUCGUCUGCGCGCCGAACGCAGGAGGGAGGUGGAGGAGAUGAAGAGAACAAGGGAGGAAGAGAGACUGGCCCAGAUGAAGGCAGCACAGGAUGAGAGACAGAGGGAAGAGGAGGAGGAGAGACGCCGUGCGGUGGAGAGGAGGAGAGAGGAGAGGACGCAGGAGAAAGAGAGGGAACAGGAAAAACACAGGCGUUUGGAGCUGGAACGCCAACUUCAGGUAGAGGCCCAGCAGCACUACCACCGAACCCUGUUACUACGGCGAGGCCUGGCGCCAUGGAAACGCCUCGUCAGCCUGGGCCGAGACAAAGCACAGCUGGCAGUGAGCCAUUAUGGGCAUGCUCUCUUGAGACAGUGCAUCCUGUCCUGGCAGCAGGUCGCAGGCGAGGCCCAGGCUCAGAAACGGGCCUCUGCUGACCAACUGCAUCAGCACAUUCUGCUACGCAGGAGCCUGUGCAGCUGGAAGAGGCUAAAGGACCAGCGUGAGAUCCUGGCGGGUCGGGCGGAACGCUUCCACCGCACACACACUCUGAGGAGGGUUUUGACACUGCUGCUGGAUCAUGUGACCCAGGAGAGGCUGAGGGACUGGGACCAGCAGCAGCAGGCUAACCAGCACAGUGACAGACGAUCGUUGCAGAGCUGCUUCCAGGCCUGGCGGAGGUUUCCACGGCAGCAGCGUGAGGAGAGAGAGAAGGAGUUCCGUCGGCAGCAGUUGAGACGCAGAGUGGCUGAGGUCCUCCCUGACUUCCACUGCUCCCGUCUGCAGAGCCUCUGGGAACCCCCCACCUGACAGGACCCACAACCACACACACACACACUCUCACACACACACACUCACACACACGCAUACACUCUCACACACA